AUGAAUUUAUGGUGAGCUCAACGCAAUGCAUUUAAUGGACGUUCGCAAUGCAAUAUAUGUGCGCCAUGGAUGAUGGCACCGCUGUCUUCUAACGUAACCGAAUCCAACCUCAUAACGCAAGCCAUCGUCCAUCCCUGAUCGGGAUAUCAGCAGGAAUGCUAACUAAAAUGGCCACCAACGACAAAGACGUCCGACUUCAGGUACCUUUUUGUCCACUCUGUCUCGAAAGUUUCAACAAGGCAACCCUCCUCAACUGUGGCCAUACAUUCUGCAUGAACUGCUUGGAGGUGUACGAUGACAAGAAUCGCCAUCUUGACCACAUGGUAUGUCCUGUAUGCAAGGAGUGUACUAAUCUUGGGGCCGAGCGGGUUGCAGAACUCGCUCCUAACUACCUGGCCAGGAAUCUGGAGGAAGAUUUGCACUUGUUGACAGAGACUCUCUCGCCGAACGUUUGCUUAGAACACGGUAGGAUUUUCAGGGAUAUCUUCUGUGAAGAUUGUCAGGAAUUUGUUUGCCUCUAUUGCUUCAUGGACUGCCAUCAGGGACAAGCCAUCAACAAGAAAGAGGAGUUAGAUAGAGAAUUUGAAGACAGGGAAAGGGCUCUUGUUCGUCAAAGCGAUACCAGGAAGUCCCAGAUGGAAAAGGCCAUCAAUAGUACUGAGCAACACAACAACAAAAUAUCUUCUCAUCUGAACGCUUUGGAAUCACAGAUUAGGGACCAGUUUGAACAAAAGAGAGCCAUACUCCUGAAGAAUGAAACAUUGCUCUUGGAAACUGUAAAUGAACAUAGAUCAGCAUUAAACAAGGCAUGUGAUUACUGGGUUGAUCACAACAAGCGGCUAAUAGACAAGAUAAACAGCUCGUUGUCGGUGAUACGACGUAAAGCGACUCGCUUUGUUGAUUUAACCACCCUUGAAGCCCAUAACCUACUUUGUGGUAACCUAGAGAACCUACUAGCAGAAAGUGUUGAAGGAACAUAUUCGAGUGAUGUUGGUCAAGAGAUCAGGAGAAUACAUUUUUGUCCAGCAGAUGACAAACUUCUCGAGCUUGGUCAUCUGGUUUUCAGGGAAGUCAGUUACUCAGCUAGUAAGGUCCACGCUGAAAAUCAGUGUAGUGAAGAAAACGAUAGUACCUCCUCAAAAGAAUGUAAUCAAGAAGAUGAAAGUAGCACCUCAACUGUUAUUGAAGCUGAAGCUCCUGCAGAAUGUAGCAUCGAAAGUCGCGGCAAUGCCAUCGCUAACGGGGAAUCAAGUGAUGCCCAAGCGGUUGUACUGCCCUUACCAGCCCAGAUAAUGAGAACCUACACACUGAGUAUUGCAAGAAAGAUAGAUUUAGCAGGGUACAUGCGAGGCAUUGCUGCCCUUUCCCCUGAUUCUGUCGUGGUCUGUUAUGGAUUGAACCGAAACGGUGCAGAUCGUUUUUCGGUGUCUGGAGAAAAGAAACAAUAUUUGAAGGGUAAAGUCGGGCAGGUCUGGGAUAUUGCCUUCUUAGGCGAUGGGAGGUCCGUCGUUUCGCAUGGUGCUCAAGCUUGUAAGGUGUACGACGUCAACAAUACAUUCACCGGUCUUCAAUAUACCCGCAAGGAAGGCAAUAACUACUUCAGCUUAUGCAGUGACCGCAACGGGAAGAUCUACGCAGUCAAUAACAAUCCGGAGAUCUACAUCUUCGAAGGCACAACUGCUAACCCUCAGCAAAUCGUGUCGACGGGGAACAUUAAGCCAGAACACAUCUGUAUCACCAGAUCAGGGUGGAUGAUCACUACCACGUGUUGCAUCACACCAAGUCGGAUCAACCUCUACGAUAGGCAAGGCCAUGUUGGUAUCUCGCUUACUGCAAGUGAUAACCAUGAAUAUCUGUAUGCUGCAGUGGAUAGCGAGGAGAGGGUACUGGUGGCGAGAGUUCGUGAGAGAUCGACCGCGUUCAAGCUGGCGCUGUACAGAAUCCAAGAAACAAGACUCGUAGAGGAAAAGGCGUUUGCUCCAAUCAAACUCCCGCGACAAAUCAAAUGCAAAUGGUGUUACAUGGUAAGUCUCACACCAAACAUGCUCGCGUUUGCCACGUUGGAUCAUCACUUGUAUUUUAUUGAGCUUCUGAUGUAGUUGAGCUCUCUUCAUGCUUGGACUUUAUAUGGAUGAAAGCUUGUUAAUCUUCAUAGAUAAGUAUAAUCUAAGUUAUGCGCAAGACGAAGAAGGAUUUGUGAAGCGCUGACUUUAUUUCUCAAAAUCUUGGAAGGAAUUAAUUAUAAAGGGCUUUGGGAAUUCGGAUUUUUGUAUCGGAAGUUUGCAUAAAUCUUGAGGUGAAUCGGGUUAACAUGGCUUGUGCUUUCGCAACCGUCUACCCCCAAAGCCAACAGUAGAUUGACAGGAAAGCUUAUCUUUAAAAUUAUUUGAUCCUGAAAUAAUACAAAUUAGGAUAUAUAUCAUAGCUGAAGGAACAAUUAUACUUCUUCAUACUUUUUAAGGAUUUUAAGUAUUACAUUUAAUACGGUAAAAAAAAUCAUGGCCAUUUUUUUCAGACUACUUGGAAGUUUUACUAAAAUCUCAGAUGUACAAUUUCAUGCUCGAGUGAACCCAGCACGCCUAACCACUUUUUGACGUUCUUCGAAACUCUCACUGAAUUCUAUCUUCAUUUCGAUGAUGUACUUGUGAGGCUAAUUAUUGACCAAUUAAAAUUUUUAUGAUUUUGAAGCACGCGAUUUGCUUUUUUAAACCCAAUACACACGGUACGAGUCUCAAUAUUCUCCUUGUGCGUUUAAUUGUUGGUUUUGGGGUGGUGGGUAAAUCAUGACGAGUGGGAGCUUAUAUACUGUAUAUGAGACUGUUGCCAAAAAAAUAUUGCAAGUCUUCUCGUAAUGAGAGCCCUCAUCUAAAACACGUUAGCGUCACAAAUUUAGUCAUUUUUUCAGAUCCUCUUUUAACGGUUAGGAAAGCGUUUGGGACGGAUCUGAAUUGUUAGUCAGUCAUUUAUCGUCAUGUGUAUCAAUGCAUAACAACACAUAAAUUCGAUAACUUAGCUGGCAAUUUAUUUUAUUCAGUCGAACUAAGCCCAAUCUGCAUUUAACACAUGCAAUCAUACACCUCGAUUUCCAACUCGUUUCCCCCUCUUGCAUGUCUAUAUCUGUUUCUCUCACUUCCUUUAGUUGACCUCUCCUCCACCACCCCCCCCCCCCCUCUCUCUCUGUCUAUACAACCCAGUCACCCAAUAGUAUGAGAGACAAUUACUUUAAGAUUAGACACUUGCCAAGAAAUUCAACAGGUAAAGUAAUAAAUAAAUAUCUUGAUAUGAAUGCUUGUUUACAAACGGAUUGGAAAACAUGUUUUGUAUCUCUUGUCUAAAACGAUAUGUUCAAUAAUAUUCGAUAUUUAAGACAUAUAUUUCAUCUUUAUGGAACAAGAGUUUGUUCUUUACAACGAGAGGAAAAUACACUAGCUCGAUUACAAUCCGAUGAUAUUGUACAAACGUUUCCGCAACUUAGUAAAUUCUGGAGUUACCCUUUUAUGGGGUUCUCUGAAAUAAUUAGAUAGACAGGUGGGGUGUUUUUAUUGCUUGUUUAUGUAUUUAUUUGAAUUCUAAGAGCAUGGAGCUGUGAAAGUAUGAUAUCGAUAACCCAUGGUUUAAAAAUAUUAGUUCAUUAAGAAAAUAAAUGUUUACCAUGUUUACAUGCAUGCCAUAUGUAUAUUACUAUUACAAAAGGCAUAUGGAUAAUUGUGCAAUUCCAUCUAAUAUUACGAACCAUUUUACUUCAAUUUGCCUGGAGCUAACAGGAUAAGUGAUGUUAAAUCAGACAUAAAUUUUGGAAUACCCAAUUGUUUACACAAAAUGUACAAAAUGAUACAUUCAUAUCUUUUGGACCAAAUCUACCUUACAACAAAAUUGGAGUCACAUUCGAAUACUAUCACAAUAAUGCAUAAACAUUAGUCUAAAUAUAAAUGAUACAUCACGCCCCUCUAUAUACUAGAAUAUAGUGUUAAAGUGAAA